AUGUUGUUCGCGGCUUCCACUUCCUCUGCUUCCAGCAGCGAUGUCAGCACCUUAGGCUCUCUCAACCACCGGCUGCUUGGACAUAAGUCAACAAUGAAGAUACAGCUGGACAACUACUACACCAACAGGGUGUAUACAUCUUCCUCGCGAUUGUCGGGACACGUCGCCAUCGAGGUUGGAAAAGAUACUCAUUUCGACAAGGUGCAGAUCCUGUUAUUAGGCACGAGCAGGACCCGCGUGGAUAAUGUUCACCACCCUCAGCUCACAUCGCACACUUUUCUAAAGCUUGAAAUGCCCAUCCCGGAAGCAUCAUAUCCUAUCCCAAGGCUCUAUGAGGCAGGCCGUAUCUACAAUAUUCCAUUCAACUUCACCAUCCCGAGCCAGCUCACGAUCAAUGCUUGCAAUCACAAUAUCGAUACCAACGCUGUUCACGAGAACCAUGUCUGUUUGCCGCCCUCAAUGGGAUCAUGGGGAGGAAAGGAUGACUUCUCUCCUGAGAUGGCCCACGUUGACUACAGCAUUGUUGCACGGCUGCUCGGAGAAGAGGGUGAGAGUGGGAAGAGGUUUAGGAUCAUGGAGGCGAGCCAGUCAGUAAGGGUCCUUCCCGCAUAUUCGGAGCAACCGCCCCUGGAUAUCACAGCGCACGAUAAACUAUACAAGAUGUCGAAGACCAAAAAUUUGCGCAAGUCAAUCUUAUCUGCCAAAGCCGGAACAAUCACUGUGUCGGCAAAGCAGCCUGGUGCUGUCUUUCUCAGUCCGGAUGGGGCUUCUGCUUCGAGCUCCAAGGCGCAACUUGAACUCGUCUUUGAACCCGCCUCAAGCCAGACCUUACCACCAACGCCGACGGGUGUGACUACUAAAGUAACUGCUCUUACAUACUUCAGCUCGGGAGCAAUCAACGGCUUUCCCAAUAUGGGGGAUUGGGUCAGGUCAUUCGGAGCAGAUUCUCGCGGCUCAUAUCCUUGCACAACGUCGCUCAAGUCGACAGCGGCUCAACCAGUCAAGUGGCAACAGCACAUCAAACAUCAGGCACGUAGAGACUCUGGAUAUGCCAGUGACUCCAACUCCGAUUCAGAGCACAGCAGCGAUCAGAACCGCCGAAGGGGCAGCAAGAGCUCACACAAGGGAGCCUCGCCUAUCUACCACACGACUACUUUACAGGUGCCGCUCGAUCUCCCUGUCCAUAAGAAGAUGUUCAUUCCAAGCUUUCACUCCUGCAUCCUGUCGCGGGUGUACAUUUUGUGGAUCACGGUAUCACUUUCAACCGGCGGUUCGAGCUCGAGCAUCAACCUUGCGCUUCCCUUGCAAGUUGGCGUUCACAGAGAGGAUGCAUCCACCAAUCCGACGGGGCUCCCCUCAUUCGAGGUUGCUAUUGAAGACGCUGAAGCAGAUGAUCACCUAAGGCCGCGGACACUACGUGUUCCUGAUGUUGAGUUUGAGCGCCACGCACUACCCGGCUAUGCGGAUGUGAUUGCCGGACGGACUGCAAUUGCGAAUUGA